ACAAAUAAUCCGGCGCCUCCAAGCCGCACGUCGACCGGCCCACGGAGCAUCACCACCGCACCGCGGCAGCUGAGCUCGGCCCCCAGGAUUCAGAAUCUCCGAGGCGCGGCGACGGGCGGUCGGCGACAUGGAGGCCGCGGUGCCCAGCCGUGUUGCGCUCUCCGCGGCGAGCCGCCUCCCGAAUCGCCACGCCGUGGCAGGAGAUAGAUCUUUUGUUUACAAGGGAAGAUGCCAGAGUCUUGCAAUUCCUAUGGCGCUGUCAGCAGCUGCACCAGGCAAAGGGGGUGUGCUUGAUCGGCCAGUAGAGAAAACUACUCCUGGUCGUCAGUCUGAAUUUGAUGUGAAGAAAUCCCGCAAAAUGUCGCCUCCAUACCGUGUCAUUCUGCACAAUGACAACUACAACAGGCGCGAGUACGUUGUCCAGGUCCUGAUGAAAGUGAUCCCUGGGAUGACCGUCGACAACGCUGUAAACAUAAUGCAGGAGGCGCAUGUGAAUGGGCUGUCAGUUGUGAUUGUCUGUUCCCAGUCCGAGGCUGAGGAGCACUGCACGUCGCUCAGGGGCAACGGCCUCCGAAGCUCAAUCGAGCCUGCGAGUGGUGGCUGCUGAGGUUCGAGAAAUGGGUGUACCUUGUUUUGCCGCGUAUAGUUUGUAAAUACCCAGCAUAUCAAAGAUAAACUGAAACAGGUUGGUUACAUGCAGUUAUCGAUACAACGAAGCUGAGUAUCUCUUGGGUAGGUGUAAAUCAUGCAAGCGUACCAACCUGUAGAAGAAGAAACAUAGUAUUUUCGGUUAGAUUACGAUUUACUCCAACCGUUCAAGAAA